UAGGAAAAACAUGCCCAGUCUUUACAGUUACAGAUAUUGUUAGUCCUAUCAUCUUCAUUGUAAUUAUUUAAGUGUAGAAGAUCCACUCAGCAGCCUAGUACAGUAAUUACUAGUUCACACGGGAUACUAGCUAAAGUAGCAGGGUUUUGCCCCUUGCUCCUAGUCUGGCAUGAGUUGUGUGCAUUGCAGAGGAGUCACUCUCUUCCUCAAGGGAAGGAGCCCUCAUUGUUUAAGUGGAGCAAUGCUCUCUUCCUGUCUUUAAAGCAGUGCUGAUAGGGGCAGCUCUAAGCACUAUGAUGCUUUAAGCAAGUUGGCAAAUAUCAACUCCUACCAGACUGCACUGACCUAUACAAGUAGUUACUGAACAUUUUGCUGCCCCCGGUAUUUUGCUUUCAGGGUAUUUUGCUUCUUUUAGAGUGGUAGAUGCAGCCCUAUGUUAAUAUUCUUUGGAGGCAGUCAAGUUCAGCUUUCAGUCUUUAGGGCAGACUCACUCCAACAGAGAGCAUUGUGGGGGAGAAUACACAGAGGAACCUCUAUAAAAUGAUUUAGACUAAAUAGCUUUAUUAUCAUUAGUAAUAGCUUUUCAAAGUCCUCCCAACCCUGCUCUUAAGGCUUUUGUACUGCUGCACAAAUAAAAAAGCAAUAAUUACAGAAUGCAAAAACAAAACAGCCCUAAAAUGAUAUUAAAGAAGCCAAAAUAAGUGCCUGAAUAAUUUUCCAGGGAUACAAAAUAUAGGUGGUGGCGCACAACACAGUAAUAACGGAUUACAUUGUUGUCAUCAUCUUAACUCAGAAGAAUGAAAACUCUUUAAAUGUUUCUUUUUCAUUUAUGACCACAAGUUCACUAGAGUUAGUACUGGGAAACCAGGAGUUAAACAUUCUUUGGAAGUUAACUUGCUUUAAGGGUAUAAAAGAAGCUUCCACGGCUUUAGUCCUAAACUCAUGUUUGGAAAUGCACUGUAUCUUUUCUAUUAAAGCUCUUUCUCUGAGACAAACUUCUUGCAUGUUAAAUGAGCAAUCAUUAAAGCAGCUUAAUAGAAUGACUUCCUGUUAUGUCGUUCAUGAGGCUCCUGUACGAAGAGUUGCUAUCUUUGGAGGGACUCAUGGCAAUGAGUUAUCAGGGGUAUUUUUGGUCAAGCAUUGGCAAGAGAAUGGAGAUGAGAUUCAAAGAACAGGGCUGGAAGUGAGACCAUUUAUUACCAACCCAAGAGCUGUGAAGAAAUGUAUUAGAUACAUUGACUGUGACCUGAACCGAGUUUUUGAUCCUGAUAAUCUUGGCAGGCAAAUCACAGAAGAUAUUCCAUAUGAAGUGAGAAGGGCUCAGGAAAUCAAUCAUGUAUUUGGUCCAAAAGAUAGUAAUGAUGCCUAUGACCUUAUUUUUGACCUUCACAACACAACUUCUAACAUGGGUGGCACUCUUAUUCUUGAAAACUCCAGGAAUAACUUUACAAUCCAGAUGUUUCAUUAUAUUAAGAAUGCUUUGGCCCCAGAAUGUUGUCCUGUUUUCCUGAUUGAACACCCUAACUUGAAAUAUGCAACAACUCGAUCUAUAGCAAAACACCCUGUUGGUGUGGAAGUUGGGCCUCAGCCCCAAGGAGUUCUUAGAGCUGAUAUUUUGGACAAAAUGAGAAAGAUUAUCAAACAUGGCCUUGAUUUUGUGCACAUUUUUAAUGAAGGAAAGGAAUUUCCACCAUGUACAAUUGAAAUUUACAAAAUAAUGGAAAAAGUAGAUUAUCCCAGGAAUAAAAAUGGUGAAAUUACAGCUGUUAUUCACCCUAGCCUGCAGGAUCAAGACUGGCAGCCACUGAACAAUGGGGAUCCUAUAUUUUUAACUAUUGAUGGAGAGACUAUUAAUUAUGAAGGGGAUUCUACAGUAUACCCAACAUUUGUGAAUGAGGCUGCAUAUUAUGAAAAGAAACAAGCUUUUGUAAAAACAGUCAAAGUAAAACUUACUGCAAAAGUUGCAAAGCCCUUCCUGUUGAGUCCCUACCAGACCCAGAUACUAGCUCACUGAUCCUGAAAGCACCAAAAACGGUUGUCAAGAAUGCAGCCCUGAACAAGGCCGCCUCCUGUCCAUUAUGACAUACAUCGCCAAGGAUCUGCACAAGUUCCCUAAGUAUGUAAGCCGUGAUGGGACGACGGGAAUCCAACCUAGGUCCACCAGUACGCGACCACCCAGCCAAAAACCUUCCAACUAAAAAACCACUGCAAAGAACAGGAUAACCAUUUAGUCUACUGACGAAUGUAAUGGCAGAAAAGCAAUUCGAGAUUGUGGAGGACACCAGUUGACGGUUUGCCAAUGACAGCACGUACCGCAGCUUCUGUUCCUUUGUAAUGGACCAUAUCGCUGACCAGUCUUCCUAAUCCUGAAAUUGCAUGAAAUCAUUAAAACUUCUCUCACAACCCUGCCACGUGCAUGGAGCAACUGAUCUCCGCACCACACUGAAAACCAUUCUACGCCAAGGUUCCAUAGUGCUAGUGGCAUCUGCCUGGGUUCCCGGAUGGCUCCUGGUGCCAACUCCAGAAAUCUGUGGACCUGAAAAUGAGACAAGGCGCGUGCUAUGCCAUUGUCAAUCCCAAAAAGGUUAUGAAGCAAUGUAAUUCCCUGGAGCCUUUCCGGGGGCCAAGCCUCGGGGCAAAACACAUAAAAGGGAUAAGAACCUCCAUUAAACCCAGCCCACCAAUUUGACCUAACACCCUUGCUGGGGUAGUCCCACCGGAGGCCUUAGCCCAUUCCAAUGCUUGAAGCUGGCCCCUUGUACCGGCCUGCCUUCUGUCACUCACGCCCUGUUCAAACAGGGCCUACCUGCAGGUGGCAUUUGUUCUACCCUGUGUCCUAUACCUCCCCUCACCAUUGUGGCAGGAAUGUGCUGUAUGAGACCCAAAACAUGUUUUGCAUGCAUGCCUGAAUGUAUAGAUCCUGCAAAAUCCACUGCUAUAAAGAAAUGUAUGCCUGUGAAUGUAUUGCAUGCCUGCCCAGUGCGGUAACAGCAACUGCUGUGAUUAGAUGUAUGCCACUGAAUGUAGUGCAUGCCCGUCCGAUUAUAUUUAUGUAUCUAACAAAGCCGGGCUUCUCUCUGGGUAAGCUUCAGCUGUAACACAAGCAUAGCUAAGGAAUGCAGCCUUAGCAAGACACCUCUCCCAUGGCUGUCCCCAUGUUUGAGGAACUUACAGGUAGCCUGUAUCAGCCGUGCAAUACCCUGCAUCUGCUUAUGGGGGCGGAGGGGGGCAACUGAGACAGUUUCUGGCUGGCCCAUGUGAUACCCCAUCAUGGGUUUUUUUGUUUUUUGGGGGGGUAAAGCAUCAGAGGAAUCACUUGUGCCUGCAAUCCCCACCUUUGCCACAUCAUUUUGGUAUCAGGAUCCUCAUUUAACUGACCCUGUCCUCAGUGUCUGCCUCAUCUGCAAUCACUUGAGUGGAAUGUCCAAGAACUGGGCAAACCAUUACGCCUUGUGCGGCCUUGCAAAGCUGUGGAAACAACCUCAGAUGCAAUAACCCUGAUUACUUGUAUCAAAUCCCAGCUGACUGUCCCACCAUCAAACGCAGCCAGCUCACUUGCCUGGGUGAGUGCCUCACCUUGAGAUCCUUGCCCAAGCCUGAUAGGCUGCCCUUGGCACUAUCAGGCACUAUCCCAGUCUCCCCCAGCCCCUCGCUCUUGUUGCAAGGAUCCUGCCCGUGGCUCACCCGUCCCAAAUAACUGCACUCCGUCCACCCUGUGCAGGGUUUGAUUCCUCCCCAGUCCCGUCCCAUGACACUAACUGGGAGGGUGAAGCAAAAUUCCAUCCCCUUGCUGUAUCCUGCCCACAGCAGGUAAAACAGAAACCCUGUUCCCUAAACCUCUGUGCACCGCACAGCUGCUAUGAGAGGGGGCCGCACUCCUCCCUCUACUAAUCUGUAUACCAAGGGACAGAAUCUGGCUCCCAGCUGCUUUGCUACUCAACGUCACCUCCCUUUGUGAAUUCACUCUGCUAUACCUGCCUCGCCCCGCCUGAACCAGGGGAAAUAGAGAAUUAAUCUUCCCCCUGUUCCUCCCCGCUCUCAUUGUUCUGUGUCUGCUAGGAGUCAUGCUAGGAUAAAGGCCUGCUUCUCUAUUCCGGAACUGAAGUGGGAGGAGGGCUUUCUCCCUCCUCCCUGCUCUCCUUCCACGUGGGUGCAGUAAUCCGGAACUACUGAAACUUGCUACUAGUUCCUGCCUUUAUCCUGGGACCGAAGUGGGGGGAAGGGUUUGGCUUGCUCACCGCCCUGCUUCGCUUCCAUGUGGAGCCGAGUAGAGCUGAACACUGGAGCCCUCCUGCCUCAGCCUUGGUCUGUGUAAAAAGAAAGGCUCCCGGUCUCGUGCUGCUCCUUUUUAAACGCUGCAUUCCCAGGGGAUGUCAGCGACCACUCUGCUUCUUAUGCAGCAGUUUUCAUCUCCCCCCCCCGCCAGCCAGCUAGCCAGCCAACCAUAAAGCACUGUUCCCUUCACUCGCCAGACCAGCCAAAAAAAAUACCUGCUUAAAGGUGCACUGCGGUCAUUACAUGGAGCAAUUUCAAAUAAAAUGUUUGGCAUAGCGUAUGAUUUCGCAAUUCUUGCAUCCCAGAACUCCUGUUAUUUAUUUAUAUGUAUAAACGAAUGCAAGAACAGGCCCAUAUGUUACAGAAUUGCCACAUCCAACCUGGACACAUAAUUAACCUCACAAAUGUAUUAGAAACGUGUUGUAAAAUCAUUCGUUAAUAAGAUCAGUGAAAGCAUCAGCAACUAACUUCCACUGGAGCCAAUUGAAAAAUAAACCAUUUCCAAGUUGUGAACUCAUUGACAUAAGUUUUUUGUUGAAGGACGAGUUGUAAAUUCUAUCUCUGAUAUAUGAAAAAACAUUAAAAGGAUUCCAUGUGGAGCUUAGCAGGCUGCUGAAACUGUAAUUUAGUGAUUCUGUAUUUGUAGGAACCAAGCCUGAGUAUCACAGAGACAGAAAGAAUGGGGGGCAUGAAUUAACUCUCUAAAUAUUUAUUUUGUCAUAUUGGCAUCAGUCAGGCUGAGAAAGCAUUAAAAACCAUGUGCAUUAUUUUUGAUAGUUGCAGUAACUAACUAUAUCUCUUAAAAACACUAUGCAGUAACAAGUUGAAGGUUGUGUUAAUUACAAUGAAAAAGCAAAGGGUUCUGAUAUUAGCAACCAUCCUCAAAAAUCAGUAUCAGAAAAAUAUUAGUGAUAACAAUAAGAUGCACAUGUCAUUGCACAAGAAAAAUAGCCACAAACAAUUAUUUAAUGGGCCAGAAAACUAUUGCACCUUCCUUUUCCUUUUAGAAGUGAUGUCUUUCUUCUCCCUCUCACUCCCAACCAAUAUUCUUUAUCCUUGCUUGGUGUUUCAAUUGCAGUGUUAAGGCAAUA